AUGUCGGCUGCGGGCCGCGCCGAGUCCUUGGGUCCUCCCGACAGCUUUGCGAAGCGGGUCCUGGUGACCGGGGGUGCUGGUUUCAUAGCAUCACAUAUGAUUGUCUCUUUAGUAGAAGAUUAUCCAAACUAUAUGAUCAUAAAUCUAGACAAGUUGGAUUACUGUGCAAGCUUGAAGAAUCUUGAAACCAUUUCUAAUAAACAAAAUUAUAAAUUUAUACAGGGUGACAUAUGUGAUUCUCACUUCGUGAAACUACUUUUUGAAACGGAGAAAAUAGACAUAGUACUACAUUUUGCCGCACAAACACAUGUAGACCUUUCAUUCGUCCGUGCCUUUGAGUUUACCUACGUUAAUGUUUACGGUACUCAUGUGUUGGUAAGUGCUGCUCAUGAAGCCAGAGUGGAGAAAUUUAUUUACGUCAGCACAGAUGAGGUCUAUGGAGGCAGUCUUGAUAAGGAAUUUGAUGAAUCUUCACCCAAACAACCUACAAAUCCUUAUGCAUCGUCUAAAGCAGCUGCUGAGUGUUUCGUACAGUCUUAUUGGGAACAGUAUAAGUUUCCAGUUGUCAUCACACGAAGCAGUAAUGUUUAUGGACCGCAUCAGUAUCCAGAAAAGGUUAUUCCAAAAUUUAUAUCUUUACUACAACACAACAGGAAAUGCUGCAUUCAUGGGUCAGGGCUUCAAACAAGAAAUUUCCUUUAUGCUACUGAUGUAGUAGAAGCAUUUCUCACUGUCCUCAAAAAGGGAAAACCAGGUGAAAUUUAUAACAUAGGAACCAAUUUUGAGAUGUCAGUUCUCCAGCUUGCCAAAGAACUAAUACAGCUGAUCAAAGAGACCAAUUCAGAGUCUGAAAUGGAAAACUGGGUUGAUUAUGUUGAUGAUAGACCUACCAAUGACAUGAGAUAUCCAAUGAAGUCAGAAAAAAUACAUGGCUUAGGAUGGAGACCUAAAGUACCUUGGAAAGAAGGAAUAAAAAAAACAAUUGAGUGGUACAGAGAGAAUUUUCACAACUGGAAGAAUGCAGAAAAAGCAUUAGAACCCUUUCCGGUACAACCACCAUUUGUAUAG